CAUCAUGCCGUGACCCUGGAAGCCGUCCCUCCUCCUUCCGCCAUUUUGGCCUCUGCCUCUUGUCGGGUCUGUUACAUUACCACGUGAAGUGCCCGGCCAGGGCCCAGACAGGGCGGGUGAGGAGGAAGGCCUAGUGAGCGCUCCCGCGGUCCGUGCUGUCAGACUGGCCACCGGGGGAGAGAGCCAGCUGUAACCGGCGGCCGGCUUCCCAGCGGCGCGAGAUCACCGGAGCACAGCACGCGGGCGGCGCCAGGGAACAACAAGGAGCUCGUGCAGGCGGCGCGAGGAGCGGCCUCGAGAUGCCGAGCGUCAGCCUCCCGCCCAAAGAGAACGCGCUCUUUAAAAGGAUCCUGAGAUGUUAUGAACACAAGCAAUAUCGGAAUGGGUUGAAGUUUUGUAAGCAGAUUUUGUCCAACCCCAAGUUUGCAGAGCAUGGAGAAACAUUGGCAAUGAAAGGAUUGACCUUAAACUGUCUUGGGAAGAAAGAGGAUGCCUAUGAUCUUGUUCGGAGAGGACUAAGAAAUGACCUUAAGAGUCAUGUCUGCUGGCAUGUGUAUGGCCUGUUGCAGAGGUCUGAUAAAAAGUAUGAUGAGGCGAUCAAGUGUUAUAGGAAUGCCCUGAAAUGGGAUAAAGACAACCUCCAAAUUCUGAGGGAUCUGUCUCUGCUGCAAAUCCAAAUGCGGGACUUGGAAGGCUACAGGGAAACAAGGUACCAAUUAUUGCAGUUGAGGCCUGCACAGCGUGCCUCAUGGAUUGGAUAUGCCAUUGCUUACCAUUUGCUGGAAGAUUAUGAGAUGGCAGCAAAAAUCCUGGAGGAAUUUCGGAAGACCCAGCAGACCUCUCCAGACAAGGUGGAUUACGAAUAUAGCGAGCUGCUUCUUUAUCAAAAUCAAGUCCUUCGAGAGGCAGGUCUCUUUAAGGAGGCACUAGAUCACCUCUGCACAUAUGAGAAACAGAUCUGCGAUAAAUUAGCUGUAGAAGAAACUAAAGGAGAUUUGCUACUACGAUUGGGAAGGUUGGAUGAGGCUACAGAGGUGUACAGGGCGCUGCAGGAACGAAGUCCUGAGAACUGGGCAUAUUACAAAGGCUUAGAAAACGCCCUUAAACCUACCAGCAUGGACGAAAGACUGAAGAUCUAUGAGGAGAGCUGGACUAAAUACCCAAGAGGAUUGGUGCCAAGAAGACUGCCCUUAAACUUUUUAACUGGUGUAAAAUUUAGAGAGUGUCUGGACAAAUAUCUGCGGAUGAAUUUUAGCAAAGGAUGUCCACCUGUUUUCAAUACUUUGAGAUCAUUAUACAACGACAAAGAAAAGGUGGAGAUUAUUGAAGAUCUUGUAGUUGGUUAUGAUACAUCUUUGAAGAGCUGCCGGUUAUUUAACAUUAAUGACGAUGGCAAAGAAGAACCGCCAACGACUUUGCUCUGGGUGCAGUACUACCUGGCACAGCACUAUGACAAAAUUGGCCAACCAUCUUUAGCUCUGGAAUAUAUUAAUGCAGCUAUUGACAGUACACCAACUCUGAUUGAGCUCUUCUUAGUGAAAGCUAAAAUCUACAAGCAUGCUGGUAAUAUAAAAGAAGCCGCACGUUGGAUGGAUGAGGCCCAGGCUCUCGACACAGCAGACAGAUUCAUCAACUCCAAAUGUGCAAAAUACAUGUUAAAAGCAAACCUGAUCAAAGAGGCUGAGGAAAUGUGCUCAAAGUUUACAAGGGAAGGCACUUCUGCUGUGGAGAACCUAAAUGAGAUGCAGUGCAUGUGGUUUCAGACAGAGUGUGCCCAGGCCUACAAGUCCAUGAAUAAAUACGGAGAUGCACUAAAAAAAUGCCAUGAAAUUGAAAGGCAUUUUGUGGAGAUUACAGAUGAUCAGUUUGACUUCCACACAUACUGUAUGAGGAAAAUUACACUCAGGUCAUACGUGGACUUGCUAAAAUUAGAAGAUGUUCUUAGACAACAUCCAUUUUACUUCAAAGCUGCACGGAUAGCUAUAGAAAUUUACCUGAAACUACAUGAUAAUCCCUUAACAGAUGAAAAUAAGGAACAUGAAGCAGAUACAGCAAAUAUGUCUGACAAGGAGUUAAAGAAACUACGCAACAAGCAGCGGAGAGCACAGAAGAAAGCGCAAUUAGAGGAAGAGAAGAAAAAUGCAGAGAAAGAGAAACAACAACGAAAUCAGAAAAAGAAAAAGGAGGACGAUGAUGAGGAAAUUGGAGGUCCUAAAGAAGAGCUAAUUCCUGACAAACUGGCUAAGAUUGACAGUCCAUUGGAAGAAGCUAUUAAAUUUUUAAUGCCUCUGAAAAAUUUGGUCAAGAACAAAAUAGAAACACAUCUUUAUGCCUUUGAAAUUUACUACAGAAAAGAAAAGUUCCUCUUAAUGUUGCAGUCUGUGAAGAGGGCGUUUGCUUUGGACUCUCGUCACCCGUGGCUUCAUGAGUGUCUCAUUCGCUUCUUUUGUGCAGUAUCUGAGAGCAAAGAACUAAAUGAGUCGCUUAGAACAGUAUUAAAGCAAGAAAUGAAGAGGCUUUUUGGAGAAACAAGUCCCACAAAUUUUAACAACUCUUUCCUGAAAGAAAAUAUCAACUCAAUACCACAUAGAUUAGCAGCUGCCAAAAUGAUGUACUACAUGGAUACAUCCAGUCAGAAACGAGCGGUAGAGCUGGCUACAGCACUUGAUGCAACCUUAAAUAAUAGAAGUCUCCAGAUCUGUACAGACACAUUAGAAGCCUUGCGUGAUGGCAGCUUAGGAGACUGCAAAGAGGUGGCUGAAUCUUACAGAGUGAGCAGCCACAAGCUUUAUCCUUAUGCUCUGGCAUUCAUGCCACCUGGAUAUGAGGAGGACUUCAGCAUCACAGUCAAUGGAGAUAGUUCGGCAGAACCAGAAGAACUGACUAAUGAAAUGUGAACUUCUAAUGAGCGACAUUGGACCAUAUCAACUAUCUAAUAUUUUUGUCACGCACCUGCUGUAUCGCUCUGUAACUUGUAUGGAGAAUGAAAGGAGUAAAAAUAUUGUUGCCUUUAA